UUGAAACUUUCAGUGUAUCGUCAACUAUCCAACCGAUCAUAUUUACAGUGUUGUUUUGUGAACCGGUAUAGCAAAUAACUGCGAAGAUUGUUUUGUUACAUAUUUAGCAAAUAUGCAUCUUGAUGGUUUUUCGUUGUGUGCCAGUGUCUUGGUGCUUUGUUGUGCUUUAAGCGUAGGUAACUGCUUAGAAUGCUACCACUGCAACAUUACAAUGUCCUCAGCUAGCAAAGAUGAUCCUUGUAAUGGAAAAGCAACCCUACAAAAGUGCCAGGAUCCAGCUGUCUGUUUAGCCGCCAAAUAUUCAUACCAAGACUCUUCCUUGCCAGCAACUACAACUACGUUGAAAACCUGCUAUCUCAACUUAGGAGGAAAGGAAUGUCAGAUAUUUCUACAGAAUAUAAGAACUGUCAACUCGGCAACCGCCAAAAUCGACUUCAGCGAAAGUUGCGUGACCUGCUCUGAAGACGGUUGCAAUCAUGAACCCGAGGAUUCGCCUUCGCACGAAACGACCACAUUAAAAUCAGCUGGUUCCACCGUUUCGGCCUCUUUCUUCAUCAGUCUACUUUUGUUGAUUACGGCGAGGUUUUUGUAAUAUUUUAAGUUUUAUGUAAUAAAUUGUUAAUAUUAUAAUUAUGACUGUAUGAUAAUAAAUACUUUAUAAGGUAUGCAGUUACUGGAAUUUAAUUCCAACAAAUAAGUAUUUUCUUUGUUAUAGAAGUUUUUUCGUGAUCUUUUAAAUACACCCUGUAUAUGGACAUUUGGACUAAGUGUCUUCAUUCUUGGCCAAUAAAACGUUGAAGUAAUUCUA